AUGGCGUCCGUUUCUUCCCUGGAUAAGGACCUUGCGAAGCUCCGGCUAGGAAAGUACACGGUACAGGCUUCGAACGAAGCAAAAGCAUGGAUCGAAAGCACUCUUGGUGAGCCUCUGCUAGCUGAUGACUUGAUGGACGCUCUGCACGAUGGAACAGUACUCUGUCGGUUGGCGAACAAGUUGGUCCCAAAUAGCACCAAGCCAAAGAAGUCCGAGAUGCCAUUCGUACAGAUGGAGAAUAUCGCCAUGUUCCUGAAAGUCUGCCAAGACUUACUUAAGCUCUCACAGCAUGACCUCUUUCUUACUGUUGACCUCUACGAUUUCAAGGAUCCAGCACAAGUUCUUCAAACAAUUGGUGCCUUUUCUCGAAUCGCCCAUUCUCGAAACCCUUCAGUAUUUCCUACUGCUAUUGGUCCGAAAUCAUCCGUAAUAUCCCCUUCCGCGACUGGCAAAUCCAAACCACCGGUACCCGCCAAAACGGCCGUCUCUUCAUGGUCCAAGCCAGUUGAUGAGCUUACAACCGCUCCGGCAUGGAAUAUUCACCAGUAUGGGUACAUGGGUGGUGCAUCUCAAGGGACACAGGGUGUUGUUCUAGGCGCAAGGAGGCAAAUCACAACGGCAUCGCCUCAAGUCCCAAGUUUAAGAGAAAAAGAGGAAAGGAGAAAGCAACACGAGGAAGAGGUUGAUGCCAGAGCUGCCGAAGAAGAGAGGGAGCGACAGAGACAGGAGGAAGCUAACUGGCUUAGAAAGGAGGAGCUUCAGCGAAAGAGGCAAGGUGAACAGGAGCAGGCUUCGCGGGCACGGAGAGAUCUAGAACUCCAAGAACGAGAUGCAGCAGAGCAGGAGAAAAUUAGACUUCGCGAGGAAGCUCAUGCCCUUCGCGAGGAAGAGGAUGCUAAACGGAAGGAGUACGAAGAGCGUCUUCAAGCUGAACGGACCGCGCAAGAUCGUAGGGAGUACCAAGAAGAGGCUAAUAGAUUCCGAGCUUCAAACCAAGAGCACGUAGCUGUAUCUUCGGAGGGUGAUCGCAUUAAGGAGCUUGAACGUCAGCUAGAAGAAGCCAGAGCGCGAGAGAAGGCGUACCUCCAGAAACAACAACCAUCCCAGGGAUCCAACACCCGUACAAUAACCCCUCCUAACGAUGCCGAGGAACGGGAGGCCCUUCGGAGCGCCUGGCAAGAGAAUCAAUCUCGCCCGGUUCCACCUAAACCAACGUCGAAACCAGCAUUUACCCACAGUGCACGGGCCGCACAACGACAACGCGAGCUGCAGGACGAGGAUGAUGCCGCAGAGGCUCCACGAAAAUCCCCAGGACCACCUGCCACACCUCCGAGGAACACUACACCGGCAGCGACCAAGACUUCUCCAUUGGCUAGUACAAGAUGGGGAUUUAAGGGCGCUUCUUCGAAGCCCGUUGGCGCUGGUAUGAGUGUUGUCCAGAGGGAAAUGGAAUUGGAGAGGCAACGACAGAAAGAGUGGGAACGAAAUCAGGAACAGCUACAGGAGGAUAGAAAACUCAUGACCGACAAGGAGAUUAAAGAUGGCGGAGAGAUGCCAUGGGAUAUCCAUCAGUACGGAUAUACGGGCGGCGCGAACCAAGGUACCGAACAGGUAGCGUUCGGGGCUAGGAGACAGAUUAUCGGACCGAAGAGCCAGAAGUGA